CAAUUCGGUCAAAACUUUGGAAAGUUUUGGACUUUUGAGUCAUUGGGGUUUGGAUUAUCUGCUAUUAUACCAUCUGGGUUUUUGUUCUUUCUCUUAUUUCUGUAUAUCUGUGUAUUGAAAGACUUUGCUUGAAUUUCCUGGACAUGCUAGAAAUGGAAAGUUUGAUUUCUACGCUUUGAAUUUCCUGGACUCUGGUAGAAAUGGAAAUUUUGAUUUCUCUUUCUGUUGCUUUCUAACCAGCUUCUUUACUUUCAGGGAUUCUCUUCUUUAUCAAAUUGGUGCAGUAGGAUUCGUAAAAUUAGGUCGAGCUUCAAGGUAGGUGAUGUUGAAAUUUGAUAUUGCAUGUUUAGAGUGCUGAGCUGAAAGAGGAGUCUGCUCUGAAAUUCGCUUUGUUGUGAAGAUGGAAUAAAUUUGUUAAAUUUCUUAAAAGUUACUGGCAUCUACAAGUCUGUGCUUCAUGGUGGUGACUGCCAGAAUACGGAGAUGCUCGCUUUACCUUUUAGUUCUGAAGCAUCGGAACUGAAUAGCAAAUCCUGUUGAGAAUGGAUAUAACUGUGUGGUUAGGUUUGCUUGUAUUGGUGCAAUUGCCAACACUCUAUGCUUCUGGUUUCCUCAUCGAGUCAGAAGUCUGUGGUGGCCUCAUUGCCUAUUCAACUUCAUCUGGCCAUGAAGUGUUUAGCAUAAAUGGGAAUUCAGUUGAAGUCUGUGGUGGCCUCAUUGCCUAUUCAACUUCAUCUGGCUAUGAAGUGUUUAGCAUAAAUGGGAAUUCAGUUGACAGAGAUCUAUUCUGUGAGGCUCUCCAAAUAUACAAUGCAAAUGGUUGUAUUCUUGAGGGCUAUCUUGGAAGUAAUCCCUGUAGAGUGGAUCUUUUAGCAGGAAGGAAACUUUUGCAAGAGGAUUCAAGAGAUGAACCGACGGUCCAUGAUCCCAAAAAGAUUUAUCGAACAGGGGGGAAUGAUUCCAAAACUGUGUCAACACCAAAAACGUUUGGUAUGGUAGCAGCCGGAGCUUUUUUAGCAUGCUGUUUGUUUCUUUGUCCCUGCUUUCAUAGGAAAAGGAAAAAUGCUGCGCACAGUGUUCUUGAAAAGGAUCCACAUUCAAAGAUGAAUGGUUCUGUUCCUGCAGUGGAUUCAACCACUUCUUUUGGAGUGAAUUCUCCUGCUGAGAAUAUAAAGGCCAGCCCUCUAAGGAUACCAGCUAGUCCUAAAUUCUCAGCGUCUCCAAAACUCUCCAGACUUGGGUCCGUACAUCUAAAUUUGAAUCAGGUUGCUCGAGCAACUCGUAAUUUCUCGCCAUCACUACAAAUAGGAGAGGGGGGGUUUGGAACAGUCUACAGAGCGCAAUUAGAUGAUGGCCAAGUGGUUGCCAUAAAACGAGCAAAGAAGGAAUACUUUGAGAAUCUCAGAACUGAAUUUAGCAGUGAAAUUGAUCUUCUUGCCAAAAUCGAUCAUCGGAAUCUUGUAAAGUUACUUGGUUAUGUUGAUAAAGGAAAUGAACGCCUUAUCAUUACAGAGUAUGUUCCAAAUGGUACUCUUAGAGAACACUUAGAUGGUAUACGUGGAAAAAUUCUGGAUUUCAAUCAACGACUUGAAAUUGCCAUUGAUGUUGCUCAUGGUUUAACUUACCUCCAUCUAUAUGCAGAGAAGCAAAUAAUCCAUCGAGAUGUUAAAGCAUCCAACAUUCUUCUGACAGAAAGCAUGAGAGCUAAAGUGGCUGAUUUUGGAUUUGCAAGGCUUGGUCCAAUGGAUUCUGACCAAACACACAUUUCGACUAAAGUGAAAGGCACAGUCGGUUACCUAGACCCUGAGUAUAUGAGGACCUAUCAACUCACUCCAAAGAGUGAUGUCUACUCAUUUGGAGUUUUACUUAUUGAAAUUAUAUCAGGGCGCCGUCCUGUGGAGCUAAAAAGACCUGUGGAUGAGCGGGUGACACUCAGAUGGGCCUUCAACAAGUUUAAUGAAGGAAGUGUAGCAGAAUUGGUAGAUCCUUCAAUGGGGGAAGUAGUAGAUGCAGAAGUACUCACGAAAAUGUUGGAGUUGGCAAUCCAGUGUGCAGCGCCCAUCAGAGCCGAUCGGCCAGACAUGAAAUCAGUGGGGGAGCAGCUUUGGGCAAUAAGAGCUGACUACGUUAGGAGUACAAGAAGAGGGUAAUUAAUUCGAGGAGUGGUCCCCUUUUUUACUCUUUUUUUUUUUAAUUUUUUUUAUAAAUUCCUUUCUACUACUUUUUAAUCCAUAUAGUUUUUUUCUUCAACUUUACCUGUAAAAAUUAUUUGCUUUUGAACAAUGUUUAUUUUUCAGUAUGUCUAUCCAUGUCCAUUGUCAUUCUUGGACAUGACGUUUGAAUAUGUAAUAUUUGUGCAAAAGAAAAGCGUAUUCACUUCCUAAA